AUGGCCACAGAGAAAGAAAAGCAGUUUAGGGAGGAAGAGAGGGGUACAGCAUCUCUUCUCACUGGCCUGUGCCCUCAAGGGCCGACGCCUGACACCUUUGUAUUUUCUGACCGAGAGAUCACAUCGGACCGGUCGCACUCGGCGCUGAGUGCGAAUGAACCGAUGAAGGUGUUCUCCUCGCCGUUCCUCUGUGUUGUCCUGAGCUUCUCUUCCCAUCUCCUCACAUGCAUGUGGAUGUGCGGUGUUGGGUCUCAGCCUGCUGAUUUGGGGACGUGUGACAACGCCAAAGGACUGAGGGCCUUCUUUGAUGCCAUUUGCUAUGGUCCCAAACACCUCAUGAUCUUCGGUGGAGUCUGCCCCUCUGUGACCUCCAUCAUCGCAGAAUCCUUGGAGGGCUGGAACCUGGUGCAGUUAUCGUUUGCAGCAACAACCCCAGUUCUAGCAGACAAGAAAAAGUAUCCCAAUUUCUUCCGCACUGUCCCGUCCGACAACGCUGUGAACCCGGCCGUUGUCAAGUUUCUCAACUACUACAACUGGAGCCGCGUGGGCACCCUCACACAGGACGUGCAGAGAUUCUCAGAGGUGAGAAACGAUCUGACCAAUGAGCUGGAGAAAGCCGACAUUCAGAUUGCCGAUACAGAAAGUUUCUCCAACGAUCCCUGUGUUAAUGUCAAGAAGCUUAAGGACAAUGACGUGAGAAUCAUUAUUGGGCAGUUUGAUGAAAACUUGGCCUCCAAAGUCUUCUGCUGUGCGUUUAACUUGAACAUGUUUGGCAGUAAAUACCAAUGGAUUAUCCCAGGGUGGUAUCAGGGCAACUGGUGGGAACAGGCUAAUACAACUAACUGCACCACCAAGAAGCUCCUCACGGCCAUGGAAGGGUACAUCAGCGUGGACUUUGAGCCGCUGAGCGCCCGGCAGAUAAAGGGAAUCUCUGGCAGGACACCCAAGGAGUAUGAGAGGGAGUACAGCCGAGAGCUUCAGCAGAAAGGUGUGGAGGCCAGCAAGUUUCAUGGCUUUGCCUACGACGGCAUCUGGGUAAUUGCUAAAACCCUGACCAGAGUCAUGGACCUGCUGCGGAUAAAACAAAGGCAAAACCUUUAUCAAAACUUCACCGUGGAUGACCGAGAAGUGGGGAAAAUGGUGCUGGACGUCAUGAACGAGACCAACUUCUUCGGGGUGACGGGUCAAGUCAUGUUUCGUAAUGGAGAGAGGAUGGGAACAAUAAAAUUCAACCAGUUUCAAGAGGGUCGAGAGGUGAAAGUGGGCGAGUACAAUGCAAUAGCUGAUGUGCUGGAGCUCAACAACAGCUAUAUCAGGUUCCAAGGUGUAGAGCCACCCAAGGAUCGCACAUUUGUGCGUUUGCAACGACGCCACAUUAAUGUGCCACUCUACAGCAUCCUGUCUACCAUCACCAUACUGGGAAUGCUCAUGGCUGGGGCCUUCCUCUUCUUCAAUAUCAAAAACCGAAACCACAGACUUAUCAAGAUGUCCAGUCCAUACAUGAAUAAUCUAAUCAUUUUAGGAGGCAUGCUCUCAUAUGCCUCCAUCUUCCUCUUUGGCCUGGAUGGAGGUUUUGUUUCUGACAAGGAGUUUGAGACCCUUUGCACUGUCCGGACGUGGAUUCUCAUCGUCGGAUACACGACAGCUUUUGGGGCCAUGUUUGCCAAAACCUGGAGGGUGCACGCUAUCUUCAAGAAUGUGAAGAUGAAGAAGAAGAUCAUAAAGGACCAGAAGCUGUUGAUUAUCGUUGGCGGGAUGCUGCUAAUCGACUUAUGCAUUCUCAUCUGCUGGCAGAUUGUGGAUCCGCUAAGAAGGACUGUGGAAGAAUACAGCUUGGAGGCUAAACUCUGUCCACUGGAGCUGUGGCAUGAGAGGAUGAUGCAGUUCAACGUUGUGUGCAUGAGUAAGCAUUCUGGUGCCGAGAUCAAGCAGUACUGCUGUGUCAAACCAAAACACUCUCAAGUCGAGUCGGAACUGCUCGCACCCUGGGCCAAGAGAGUAUUUGGAAUAUAUAAACCGCUGAGAGUUGGAGUCUGCAUUCUCCCUGUGGAUUUGGACCCGCAUGCCCGAUCUGAGGACCAGCAGCGAUGGACCCGUGGGGCUGAGCUAGUGGGAGACAGCCUGGAGCUCCUCUGUGUUCCAGCCUGCCGGCCGACUCCCACCGCUGUGGUCCCUCCUCGUCACUGUCCCCCGCGUCACUCCUCCACGGCUCGGAAGCUGCUGCAGCCACCAAUAUUGCAGUGUGGCGUCGCCGUGGCAACGGCCGUGGUUUUUUUCUGA